GACUCGGCACUGAGUGACGACGUCGGCCCGACUGUGCAGCAGGACGGCAAGCACUCGUUGCUCCAGUUUGCCCUGCUUCAUUUCCGAGAUGGCGAUAAGAUGGACAUUGUGAUUUCGCCGGACGGGUCGAUUCAGGGUUCGUUGAAGACGAAGGAAAUGAAAAGCAAACGGAAGGGCAAGAAAUCCAAAGACGGCAUGACGGAAUGGACCUGGAGGGAAAUGGUGGACAUGGUGAAGUUCACAAGGUCGCCGAUUCAGAACUCUUUGCUGAAGUUGGAGUCGUCUGAGCUCAACCGAUUGGCAGUCGAAUGUUUCUUGGCCGUGAUGCGGUACAUGGGCGACUACCCCAUGGCCUCGCCGGGAUCAAAAGAUCCGCAACAGACCGAAGUUGAUUGCGUUUACGCUCUGCUCAGGAACUGUUAUAAUCACAAAGAGCUCCGAAAUGAGGUGUAUUGCCAAGUGAUGAAGCAGACAACGAACAACAAGAGUGCUCGACCAGACUCCGCACAACGCGGCUGGAGAUUGUUCUCGAUCCUCGCCGCGUAUUUCACAUGCACGAACCUGUUGCGUCCGUACUUGUUCAAGUAUCUGGAGAACGCUGCGUAUGACAAGCGUCGAGCUUAUCACGGUACGUUAUUAUUGUCCGUGUUCUUCUUCUCUGUCCUGCCCUGUCCCGCAUUUCUCCAUGUGGACAUGGUGAAGUUCACAAGGUCGCCGAUUCAGAACUCUUUGCUGAAGUUGGAGUCGUCUGAGCUCAACCGAUUGGCAGUCGAAUGUUUCUUGGCCGUGAUGCGGUACAUGGGCGACUACCCCAUGGCCUCGCCGGGAUCAAAAGAUCCGCAACAGACCGAAGUUGAUUGCGUUUACGCUCUGCUCAGGGCUUUACUCCACAUAACGGUUCACUACUUCGUCUGUUGCUUGUUGUUCUCACGAGCUGGUCUGAGGCGUGUUGCGCCGACCAGAUUGUUCUCGAUCCUCGCCGCGUAUUUCACAUGCACGAACCUGUUGCGUCCGUAUUUGUUCAAGUAUCUGGAGAACGCUGCGUAUGACAAGCGUCGAGCUUAUCACGGCACGGCCCUGGUGUGCUUACAAAACCUGAGAAAAACGUUCAAGUACGAGGGCAGGAAGAACGUGCCGAGCAUUGAAGAAAUCACGGCCAUAACUGCGGGCAGAAACUCCAAGCGACAGAUUUAUCGACUUCCCGGUGGCACAGAACGUGUCAUCAACACGAAGUCCACAACCGUUGUUCAGGACAUUAUCGAGGAAAUUUGCGGAGUGUUGAAUAUCCACAAUCCGGACGAGAUGGAGGAAUAUUCCUUGUACUGCAUCGUUGAAGGCGACACUUUUACCGUGCCAUUGGCCAGGAAUGAAUACAUCCUGGACGUCACUACGGAGUUGCACAAGAAGCAGCACAUAUUCUACUUGAUUUUCUGCCGCUCCGUUUGGCACUACCCGUUGAGGCUGGAUAAUCAGCUGUACAUUGAGCUCGUGUUUAAUCAAAUCGCCCCCGAUUAUCUUGAGGGAUUGUUGCUUGUCAUGCCAGGCGAGGCGCUGCAACAGGACUACGUGUACGAUAUCGCCAAGAUUGCAGCUUUGCUGCAUCGCGCCACAGACAUGGAACAUUUGCCCACUAUGAAGGAGGUCAAGUUUGUGCUGCCGAAGCCGGCUUUGACGAUAAGAGAUAUCAAGCCGCCUCAAUGGGUGAAUUUGGUGCAGAGUUCUUGGAAAGAGAUCGUUGAAGAGAAUGGCAUCACUCCAAUUCAGGCGAAGGCUCAAGUUCUGGCAUUCCGGGUGCCAGUUAAAUUUGUUCUCGUAAACGAAAAGGAGACGCUGAUCUUCUAUCCGUUUGCGGAAAUCAUCUCGACGCGAAAGUCGAAAGCAGGAGAUGGGCCGAUGCUUCUGGACCUUAAGUGCGGCAAUUUGAUGCAACAAAAGGUGACCAGUAUACAGACUGACCAGGCGCACGAGAUCGCCAGGCUGAUUCGCCAGUACAUCUCUAUCGAACGAAGAACGAAUGGCAUGCGGCCUGCGAUGCCCGGGCGCAAAGAGCCCGACGGUUUGAGGGGUUGGUUCACGUUCAAAUAUAUUGACACUAGUUACUUCACCAACUUGGCCUUCAUAAUGAGAGUGACAGCUCAUCAAAUCAUAAUAAUGUCUCGGGGAGAAGGAGUUCGCACCACACCGAAACGACGAGCAUUUUCGGAGCAGCUGCCCUGGCUCGUAUAAUUUGUAGAUAAACAAAAGAAAGAUACCGAAAUGCGAUGUCCAACGAAUGUCUGAGUAUGCGUUACUUAUUAUUUUUUUUCGAAGAUUUGUUUUCUUUUAUUUUGGUGGACCUAUUAUAUAUUUUUGUUUCUUUUUUCAAGAGAGAGGAAGUGCAUUGCGUGGAAAUUUGUUCAAGGAUUUCAGAAAGAAUAAGGAUGGUUAAGAAUUUUUGGUGCUUACUUCAUAAGGUUGGACUCGUUAUACGAUUUGAGAUUUUAUUUCGACGAAAAACGGAAAAAGACAUCGAAUCCAUCCGUCCUUUAUCCUGACUUUGGUGUACUCUUGUAAAUGGAUUAAAGGAUCUUGACUCGAGGUUGGAAUCAUGAGACGUGUCGUGGUUUUAUGCAAUAAUGUUCGUUGGUGAUGCCGUGAACGAUAUGUGGGAUCCGGAUUUGUUUUAUUUUGCCGUCCUCUUUUUGCAACGAAAAUGGGCAAUGUGCCCAUUUUCCUGCUUUUUGUGUCUUUUACGCCAACAUUCCCGCGAGCCAGUGACGCUGAAGAGUUAUAUUACGCAGAUGACGGACAGUGUAUCGAAUAUUCUGGUUGUUUUCUCGGUUCAGAAUCCGUCCGAUUCGUGCCGUAAGAUUGUUGAAGAGGAAAGGAGAGCAUCGUAUUUUGGGCUUCCAAUA